GUGGCAAUUACACGUUGAUUUUUCUCAACUAAUCACAAAGAUAUUGGUACCCUUUACCUAGUAUUUGGUGCCUGAGCAGGAAUGGUGGGCACAGCCCUAAGUCUCCUAAUCCGUGCAGAACUUAGCCAACCUGGGGCUCUCCUUGGAGACGACCAGAUCUAUAAUGUUAUUGUUACUGCACAUGCCUUCGUAAUAAUUUUCUUUAUAGUAAUGCCGAUUCUAAUUGGAGGGUUUGGAAACUGACUAAUUCCUCUUAUGAUCGGAGCGCCAGAUAUGGCAUUCCCUCGAAUAAACAAUAUGAGCUUCUGACUACUUCCCCCCUCAUUCCUCCUACUACUAGCCUCCUCCGGAGUUGAAGCCGGGGCGGGGACCGGGUGAACGGUAUAUCCUCCUCUGUCAGGAAAUCUGGCCCAUGCAGGAGCAUCAGUUGACCUAACCAUUUUUUCACUUCAUCUAGCAGGUAUUUCCUCUAUUCUAGGGGCCAUUAAUUUCAUUACCACAAUUAUUAAUAUGAAACCACCCGCAAUCUCACAAUACCAAACGCCUCUGUUUGUCUGAUCCGUUCUUGUUACAGCUGUUCUACUUCUUCUAUCGCUGCCUGUGCUAGCUGCCGGAAUUACAAUGCUUCUUACAGAUCGAAACCUAAACACCACCUUCUUCGACCCAGCAGGAGGGGGAGACCCAAUUCUUUACCAACACCUAUUCUGAUUUUUCGGACACCCGGAAGUAUAUAUUCUAAUUCUUCCCGGGUUCGGAAUGAUUUCCCACAUCGUAGCCUACUACGCGGGAAAGAAAGAACCCUUCGGAUACAUAGGAAUGGUCUGAGCUAUGAUGGCCAUCGGACUACUAGGGUUUAUUGUAUGAGCCCACCACAUGUUCACCGUAGGAAUGGAUGUUGACACUCGAGCAUACUUUACAUCAGCAACCAUAAUUAUUGCCAUCCCAACCGGGGUUAAGGUAUUUAGCUGACUUGCCACUCUCCACGGGGGCUCAAUCAAAUGGGAAACCCCACUUCUAUGAGCCCUUGGGUUUAUUUUCCUUUUCACAGUCGGGGGUCUAACAGGGAUUGUCCUAGCCAAUUCUUCAUUAGAUAUCGUACUACACGACACAUACUACGUUGUAGCACACUUCCACUACGUUCUCUCCAUGGGGGCCGUAUUCGCCAUUAUGGCUGCAUUUGUACACUGAUUCCCCCUAUUUACAGGAUACACCCUCCACAGCACCUGAACAAAAAUCCACUUCGGAAUCAUGUUCGUAGGUGUCAACCUAACUUUCUUCCCCCAACAUUUCCUAGGCCUAGCAGGAAUGCCACGGCGAUACUCUGACUACCCCGACGCCUAUACUCUUUGAAAUACUGUGUCCUCAAUCGGGUCACUAAUUUCACUGGUAGCAGUAAUUAUGUUCUUGUUCAUCCUUUGAGAAGCAUUCGCUGCCAAACGAGAAGUAUCGUCCGUGGAAUUAACUAUGACGAACGUUGAGUGACUACACGGAUGCCCUCCUCCCUACCACACCUUUGAGGAGCCAGCCUUCGUGCAAGUGCAAGCAAAAUAA